GGCACUGUCCGUCCGAGCUCUCUUUCCGAACCAGGCAGAGGAGCGCCGGGUCUGCAGGCGGGGAACACAGCGAGGUGUCAGGAUGAAGAUCGCAGUGAUUGGUCAGAGUCUGUUUGGCCAGGAGGUCUACAAGGAGCUGAGGAAGGACGGCCACAACGUCGUAGGAGUCUUCACCAUCCCGGACAAGGACGGCAAGGCUGACCCACUGGCCACCGAAGCAGAGAAGGAUGGCGUCCCCGUCUUCAAGUUCCCCCGCUGGCGAGUGAAGGGCCAGGCGAUCCCGGAGGUGGUGGCUCAGUACAAGGCUACAGGCGCAGAGCUCAACGUCCUGCCCUUCUGCUCCCAGUUCAUCCCCAUGGAGGUCAUCGACCACCCCAAGCACGGCUCCAUCAUCUACCACCCCUCCCUGCUGCCUCGCCACAGGGGAGCUUCUGCCAUCAACUGGACCUUGAUCCACGGUGACAAAAAGGGCGGGUUCACCGUGUUCUGGGCCGAUGACGGACUGGAUACCGGACCAAUCCUGCUGCAGAGGGAGUGCGACGUUGAACCCAACGACACCGUCAACACCAUCUACAAGAGAUUUCUCUUCCCAGAGGGAGUGAAAGGAACAGUGGAUGCAGUGAGGCUGAUUGCGACGGGGAAGGCGCCGAGGAUCACACAGCCACUAGAGGGAGCCACGUACGAGUGCAUCCAGAAGAAAGACAACUCCAAGAUUGACUGGAACCAGUCUGCCGAGGCAAUCCACAACUGGAUCAGAGGAAACGACAAAGUGCCUGGUGCCUGGGCAGAGGUGGAUGGACGGAAAGUGACUUUCUACGGCUCCACUCUGGUCAAUAAUGGCACCGCAGCUAAUGGUCAGCCCCUGGAGAUCCCCGGAGCCAGCCAGCCUGGCAUUGUCACCAAGGCAGGACUGGUGCUGUUUGGCAACGAUGGCAAGACGCUGCUGGUGAAGAAUCUGCAGUUUGAGGAUGGGAAGAUGAUCGCUGCAGCUCAGUACUUUAAGUCUGGGGGCAGUGCUGCCGUGGAGCUCACUGAGGAGGAGAAGACCUUCGCUGUGCAGAUGAGGGAAGUGUGGCAGAGCAUCCUGACUAAUGUCAGUCAGAUUGAAGAUUCCACAGAUUUCUUUAAGUCUGGUGCUGCUUCCAUGGAUGUGGUCAGGCUGGUGGAGGAGGUGAAGCUUCGGGCCAGCAGCUGCCAGCUGCAGAACGAGGACGUCUACAUGAACACCACCUUCCAGGACUUCAUCCAGAUGUGCGUCAGGAAGCUGAGAGGGGAGGACGAUGAAGAGGAGCUGGUGGUCGACUAUGUGGAGAAGAGCAUCAACAACAUGACCAUAAAGAUGCCCCAUCAGCUGUUCAUCAACGGAGAGUUUGUGGAUGCAGAAGGAGGAAAGACCUACAAGACCAUCAACCCCACUGAUGGCACGGCCAUCUGUGACGUGUCUCUGGCCCAGAUAAGUGAUGUGAACAAGGCGGUGGCUGCUGCUCAGGAGGCUUUUGAGGAGGGAGAGUGGGGCAAGAUGAACCCAAGAGACCGAGGCAGACUCAUCUACAAGCUGGCUGAUCUGAUGGAGCAGCACCAGGAGGAGUUGGCCACCAUUGAAUCUAUUGACUCUGGAGCUGUUUACACUCUGGCGCUGAAGACUCACGUGGGCAUGUCCAUCCAGACCUUCCGAUACUUUGCUGGUUGGUGUGACAAGAUUCAGGGCAGCACCAUACCCAUCAACCAGGCCAGGCCCAAUCGCAACCUGACUUUCACCAAGAAGGAGCCGAUCGGAGUGUGUGCCAUUGUGAUUCCUUGGAACUAUCCUCUGAUGAUGCUGGCCUGGAAGACAGCAGCUUGUCUGGCAGCUGGAAACACAGUCGUCCUCAAACCAGCACAGGUGACUCCACUGACGGCGCUGAAGUUUGCUGAGCUGGCAGCAAGAGCAGGACUGCCCAAAGGAGUGGUCAACAUCCUGCCUGGAUCAGGUGCUCUGGUGGGUCAGCGUCUGUCCGACCAUCCUGACGUCCGUAAACUGGGGUUCACAGGUUCCACUGAAAUCGGUAAACACAUCAUGAAGAGCUGUGCAGUCAGUAACGUGAAGAAAGUCUCUCUGGAGCUCGGAGGAAAAUCUCCGCUCAUCAUCUUCAGCGACUGCGACAUGGACAAGGCUGUGCGCAUGGGCAUGAGCUCAGUUUUCUUUAACAAGGGAGAGAACUGCAUUGCAGCUGGUCGGCUGUUUGUGGAAGACUCCAUUCAUGACCAGUUUGUGAAGAAAGUGAUUGAAGAAAUCAAGAAGAUGAAGAUUGGUGAUCCUCUGGACCGCUCCACAGACCAUGGACCUCAGAACCACAAAGCCCACCUGGACAAGCUGGUGGAGUAUUGUCAGACUGGGGUCAAGGAGGGAGCCACCCUGGUGUGUGGUGGUAAACAGGUACAGAGACCAGGUUUCUUCUUUGAACCCACGGUGUUUACUGAUGUGCAGGACCACAUGUUCAUUGCCAUUGAGGAGUCAUUCGGCCCCGUAAUGAUCAUUUCCAAGUUCAAGAGUGGUGAGGUGGAUGAAGUGCUGAGGAGGGCCAACGCCACAGAGUACGGCCUGGCGUCGGGUGUUUUCACACGAGACAUCAGCAAAGCCCUGUACGUCAGCGAAAGGCUCAACGCCGGCACUGUUUUUGUCAACACCUACAACAAGACCGACGUGGCCUCGCCUUUUGGAGGCUUCAAGCAGUCUGGAUUUGGCAAAGACCUGGGACAAGAGGCCCUCAAUGAAUACCUGAAGACGAAGGCAGUGACCAUCGAGUAUUAAGCUACGACACAGGAGACAGAAGCCAGCGAUGUGUGUCGUCAUUCAGACUAUGAUCCUGUCUGUGCCUUAACAUGCUAACCGAUCACACGAGUGUUUUAAAUCAGUCAAACACGCCACCGUAGCAGAGUCAUGAGCUGUGUUGUCAGCAAAUGAAGAAUGUUUGUAGGCAGCCAGGUGACUUAACUGUGAUUUAGUUACAAGACGAGAUUUUUAAAUUUCUAAUAUGACUUACAUUAGGUCAGAAAGGUCUUAAGAAAUGUAACAUUUCCAAUAAGAAUGUUUGGUUAUAAAUGAAACCGCUGAGCAACCCCACUGCUGCAGCCUCGUUA